CGAACAUAGACUGUGCAUUAAGUGAAGCAGAAUCAGACGAAGUGGCGGAGACACAGAGAGAGAGAGAGAGAGAAGCAUCGUCGAUGCAUGAGCAUGCAGGCGACAAUGGCGCUUCGAUCGUAUCGGCGCAAAUUAGCAAACAUCGCCAGCAUCAUUCAAGACUAAGAGAGAGAAAGAGAAACUAUUGUGGUGGCUUUAGCAGGCAUGAAAAGGGUACGGUUACUGCAGACAUCUGAGAAGCUGCGCAGCGACUCAUUCAGCACAAGAAAAUAAAGCAAAGCACUCUGCACCAGGAGUACUAACAAGCCUAAAUCCACACCACCCCCUCUCUCUCACUCUCUCUGUAGCUCUUGCCUGGCUAUAACGUACUCUAUUGCACACGUACAGGGUUACAGGCGUUACUGCGACAGUAACAGCAUCACGCCAUACGAAGAGAGGGAGAAGGGGGCCCCCCGGCUGGCGUGGUAAUGGUGGUGAGGCUUGCUGUGGGGAGAGAGGGGGAGGAAUCUGAAACCGGGUGCGUAAGUGUGAAAAGCUUGAAUGCUAUGAACUGAAACGUUUGGAUUGUGCUGGAUACCCGAGAUGCCUCUCAUUACUCUAUUUUGUCGCUUUCCAACUUUCUGUUCUUAAUUUCUGGAUCUUUAACUAUCUCUUCAUUGCCCCGCAUUUCCCUCCCAUGAGGCAUCAGAGGAGGAUGAACGGUGUAGCUUCUGCGAACAAAGGGUCUCCAGCCGAUAACUCUCGAAAAAAUGGUGACGGAGCUCCGACAUUUAACUAUGGCGGCUUCUUCCUUGAAGGUGAGAAAAAUGUUUUGAAUGAUUCACUAUGGCAAGCAUGCGCCGGCGCUUCUGUCAUUGUUCCAUGCACGGGGGACUUGGUCUUCUACUUUCCUCAAGGCCACUUGGAACAGGUUGCUGACUUUACACGACAGGAUGGUCACAUGGAACUUCCUGCUUGUGAUUUGCCUUCUAAAAUCCUUUGCAGGGUGAUGGGUGUUCAGCUAAAGGCGGAAGCCAACACAGACGAGGUUUUCGCUCAAAUAACUCUAAUUCCUGAGUCAAAGCUGGAUGAAGUUAGUUCAGACGAUAAAGAGUCUCGGCUAAAACACAGAAGUACUUCCAGGUGCUUUAGUAAGACUCUCACCCUGUCAGAUACAGGUGCCCAUGGUGGAUUCUCCAUUCCCAAGAAACUUGCCGAGGAAUGCUUUCCACUGCUGGAUAUGUCUCAGCAACCACCAGGACAGGAGCUAGUUGCGAAGGACUUGCAUGGUGUUAUAUGGAAUUUUCGCCAUACCUAUCGUGGUCAGCCAAAACGACACCUGCUUACGGGUGGCUGGAGUUCAUUCCUCCAUUCAAAAAAGCUUGAACCCGGCGAUACAUGCAUUUUUCUUUGCGGAGAAAAAGGAGAACUUGGUAUUGGGAUCCGCCGAGCACUUAAACAACACAACAAAACAUCCUCAUCCACAUGCGUGAUAUCUGGCCAUAGCAUGCAACUCGGGAUAUUGGCCACUGCUUCUUAUGCUGUUGCUACGGGAUCCAUGUUUACUGUCUACUACCGUCCCUGGACUUGUCCCUCUGAAUUCAUUGUUCCACUGGAUCACUACAUGAAGUCAGCUAAAAUGAAAUAUUCAUGUGGACUGAGGAUACAAAUGCAGUUUGAAGCCGAAGAAUCUACAAGGAGAUAUGCAGGAACCAUAAUAGGUAUUGACGAUAUCGAUGGCAAGAAGUGGCCUGGUUCAGAAUGGAGAUGUCUCAAGGUGAAAUGGGAUGCCAAGCUUGAUAUAGAUAUGCGUCCUGAAAGGGUUUCUCCUUGGAACAUUAAGCCCUUAGAAUCUUCCGGGAAGAGCAUUCCUAAUCUACCCCCACCAAAGAGGCCACGUUUACUUGACCCAUCAAUGUCUGGAUUAUGUGAUCUUACCAAGGAUGACAUCGAUUUGAACUCAGCCAACUAUGCAUCUCACAUAUGUGAGAGGGACUUACAAGGUCAAGAUUACAAAGAUGCAGGCUUCCAACAAUAUGACUCACAGUUCAAGACGAAGAAUCAACUGCACUUUGAACUGCAAAUCCCUGUUUGCCAUUGUUCAGCAUCAUUUCCGGAUGAUGACAUUUCAACUUCAAGCCCCCCCAAACAGCCCCUAAUCCCGACCACCAAUGAAGAAUGCAAUAAUAUCUCUGUCACCAGGUACCUUUCACUCUCAAAUGUGAAUUCCAAUGAUUCUGAAUCCCAGGGAUGGCGGGCUUCUGAAUCGAGGGAUGAUAAUGAUAAUAAAACUGAAUACAAGCUUUUCGGGAUAAGCUUAAACCACUCGGAGCUCCCUUCACCACAAGUUGCUGCUUCUAGCAGUACUUCAACCCUUCAUGUUCCUCCAAUGUCUCAGUCAAGCGUUUCUGCGACUAUCCCGGUUUCCAAACCAUCAAACGCUAUUUCAGGUGUUGCGUCGCAGAAAAAAUGCAAGAAAUGUUGCUCUGUUAAUAGCCGGACUUGCACAAAGGUGCUUAAGCGUGGAAAUGCACUAGGUAGAUCAAUUGACCUCUCGCGUAUCACUGGAUACGAUGAACUCAUUUCUGAACUGGACGUGAUGUUUGAUUUCCAAGGAAGCUUAAUAAAUGGAAGCAGCGGAUGGCAUGUUGUCCCCAUGGAUGAUGACGGGGAUAUGAUGCUGUUUGGAGAUUUCCCGUGGCAGUUAAGUGUGAGAUCACUAGUAGUAUGAAAACAGGUCUAUAUUUUGCCCUAAAGUCAGGAUUUCCAGUCCAUGGUGCAAAAGAUGAUAAUCAUUUGUCCAAAGGAGGCCACCAACAACCGGAGUGCUUUUGCUAGCACAGCAGACUCAACAACCCAGUAAUCCCUGAGCAAACAAAGAUAUUAACGAGUCAUGCAGCACAAUGCAGCUGUAUGGUUGUUUAUGGAACUAAAUGGAUCGCAUUAAUAUAGUCUUGUGAUGUUUUUCUAGUGCAAGCAUGUUCUUUAUAGGUUCCUUUAUUUUCCAGACAAAUUUGGGGUUUAUGAGACGAGAUAGUGUCGCCUGAGCAGACGUUGUUGACAACAACAUUAACUAUUUUACAUUGUCUAGUUUAUCGUCAUUCAACUUAUGGAAAAUUGCACUGGUGAUUGAUUUGCAGGGUCGAA